AUGCAUUAUAUUUUAUGGAUUUUUGUUAGUCAUAUCCAAAUUAAAAACUAAAAAAAUUAAUUUCUCAAUAAAUAUUUUUUCUAUUUUAAUUUCUAAUUUAAUUUUAAAACAUCUAUUACUUUUCUUAACCUUAUAAUUUUAGAUUACUCAAAUAUUAUUCUAAUUCAUAUUAUUGUCCACUAUUUACUUAUUUAUUUAUUAUAAAUCAAUAAAAUUAUCAGCAUUUUCCUUUGCAAAAUGGUUAUGUAAAAUCUUAGUAUAGCAAAACGCCUAAUUAAAAUCUAGUGGUAUGGCAACCUCUAGACAUUAAUUAGGCUAGGUUUUUAAAUAAAAAUUAUUAUUAAUUUCAAUAAUACGUAAUACAAUUUUUUUAUAUUUUACUAAAAAAAAAAUGCAUCCUAAAUUCAAGAUUAUGUCAAUUUAUUUAUUGAAAAUGUAUAGAAAAUUUGCUUAAAUUAAAUUUAUUUUAAUUUAAAUAUGAAUUAAAAUCAUAUUUUCUAUAUUUAUUCUUUAAAUUAUCCAAAAAAGUAUAAAAAAAUAAAUUUUUCUAAAAAAAAUCUAUAACAGAAAUAUCUACUUAUAAAAAUUAUUUUUAUAAUACUUAAGAAAGAACAAUAACUGGUAGAAUUUUUUCAAAUAUGA